UUUACACUUUCAUUAUCACUUGCGGCUCGAGCCGACAGAAAAACGGAAGCUUCAUUUGCCUCAAGUACUCCCGUGUCCCGUCGUUCCUUCACAGCUCGAAUCUGCAGCCAUGCCUAAGCACUACAGGCCUGCGGGCAAGAAAAAGGAAGGAAACGCUUCCAGAUACAUAACUAGGUCAAAAGCUCUUAAGGAACUCCAAGUCAGCAUAUCACUAUUCAGGAAGCUAUGCAUCCUCAAAGGUAUAUUUCCAAGGGACCCAAAGAAGAAGGUGAAAGGAAAUCAUCAGACCUAUUAUCACACAAAAGAUAUUAAGUUCCUUAAAUAUGAGCCAUUGCUUGAGAAGUUCAGAGAUAUACGGGCUUAUGAUAGAAAAGUUAAGAAAGCUUUGACAAAAAAGAACAAGGAUCUUGCUGACCGUCUAUUGAAUAGCAAGCCUGGCUAUAAGUUAGAUUUGCUUAUUCGAGAGAGGUACCCUACAUUCAUUGAUGCGUUGAGGGAUUUGGAUGAUUGUCUGAGUAUGGUUCAUCUUUUUGCUGCAUUGCCUGCUGUAGAAAGGGAAAAUAUUCCAGUAAGCCGCAUUCAUAACUGUCGAAGGUUAAGUCAUGAGUGGCAAGCUUAUGUUUGUCGCACCCACAAACUGCGAAAAACAUUUAUAUCUGUAAAAGGAAUAUAUUAUCAGGCUGAGAUUGAGGGCCAAAAAAUCACAUGGGUAACUCCACAUGCACUGCAGCAAGUACUGCCUGCUGAUGUUGAUUAUAAGAUCAUGCUGACCUUCUUGGAAUUUUAUGAGACACUCCUUGCCUUUGUCAAUUUCAAGCUUUAUCAUUCAAUAAAUGUGAAAUAUCCUCCCAUCCUUGAUCCGCGGUUGGAAGCUUUAGCAGCUGAUCUUUAUGCAUUGUCAAGGUUCUUUGAAUUGAGCACAAGCACCUCCAUUAUGGAGUCCAAAGCCAUUGAUCUGCCCGAGUCUGGUCAGACUGAGGAUCAGCAAGACAAAAGAGCACAUGAUGAGUCUGAUUUGAGACUUGCACAGCUUCAACACCAACUUCCUUCAAAUGAGCCUGGUGCUUUAAUGCACCUUGUUGAAGAGGCUGCUAGCAUUGAUGAAGAUGAUGCAGAAACAAGGGAAUGCAAGACCCUUUUGAAGGGAAUGAGAUUCUUCUUAAGUCGUGAGGUUCCUAGAGAGUCUCUGCUUUUUCUCAUUCCUGCUUUUGGUGGUGUUGUAUCGUGGGAGGGUGAAGGAGCCCCAUUCAAGGAAUCUGAUCAGAGCAUUACUCAUCAGAUUGUUGAUAGGCCGACACAGGGGCACAGAUUUCUUUCUCGGGAAUAUGUUCAACCACAGUGGGUUUUUGAUUGUAUAAAUGCACGCAUCAUAUUGCCAACUGAGAAUUACUUUGUGGGAAGGGUUCCUCCUCCGCACUUGUCACCUUUUGUUGACAAUGAAGCGGAAGGCUAUGUCCCUGAAUAUGCUGAGACCAUCAAGCGGCUACAAGCUGCUGCAAGAAAAGAAGUCCUCCCAAUGCCAGGUGUUGGCAUAGAGGAUUUGGAUGAUCCUCAGAAUCUACUAGCGGAAGGUAUUAGUGACCGUGCAGAAGCUAUUGCAGCUGCUCAGAAAAAGCAAAAGAUGUCUGCUUUAGAGAAGCAGUAUCAUGAAGAAUUGAAAAGGGAGUUUCAAGGUGCUGAAUACUCGACAAUUUCCAAUGAGAGGGAGAGGGAGAAGGACGCUCCCGAGGACAACAAUGCUAAUACUGAAUCAGUUCCCAAUGAGCAACAAAUUGCCAAGGAUGCUGACAACAUGUCUAAAAUGGUGAUGUCUCGCAAAAGGAGAAACAUCUUGGAGGCUGCAGAGAUUGGCAGGAAACGGAAAAAGGAUAAGGUUGCUCGGUUGGAGGAAAGGAGGAGAACUUUAAAGAACUCCAAGAAAUCUGAAACCAGUUAGGUUAGGUGCCUUCUGUAUUGUUUUCUGAUCUGUUCUAUAUGCCUUGACUGGCAGAAGUUUUGCAAUGUUUUGCCUUAGUAAGUUUAAACAACAUAUACUCAUAUUGUCAAUUACAAAGAGUUUCAUUACUAAAAUAUUGGUUCCCAGUU